AUGCCGCCGGGCAGGCCAAGUCGCUCCAACACUAGAUCUGAGGCCACGCUUCUAGGUCACACCUUUCUGCCACGCAACAAGACGAAACGCCCCCAAGAUUGCCAGGUAAGGCUGGCUCACCCAAAUGGCAGGAACCUGCGGGUCCAAUCGACGCGAUUACCUGAAGAACAGAGGACAAACAUCGGCGGUAAGAAAACAAGUGAGCGAGUAAAGAAAAAUGGUAGAAAUGGCAAGCCGUUAAUUAAACCCACAUGCAUCAGAAGUGCCACAAUAAAUCAACAAGGACCUCAAAUCGGGAACUCCAACAAGCAAAUCCCAAGAAACAGAUCUGAGGAGAAAGAGUGUGAGAGAGGAGAAAGAGCACCGGGAGGUGGAUCCACAUGA